AGAGGCGGGCGACGAGACCAUCUCAGAUUUCAACAUAAAGCAAACGGUUAAACAAUCCUGUCUCCCUCUCAAAACUCCUCUCUUUUACUCAUUUCUUUGAAAAGAAAAAAAGUCAAGAAAGAUCCAUAAAAUGACAUCGCUCAACGUUAAGGGAAAAACUGAGGUUAAACAUAGCUUCAGUCGCACCAGCGGUUUCAAAAUUUAUUCGCAAAAUGAAAAUUCCAUAAAUGAAGCCUCUACCAUAACGAAAUCAACUGUAGGUAGCAAAGCGGCCCCUUUAACUAUUACAACUGAUUCAAAGGGUACUGUGAAGAACAUGACAAAGGGUAAAGGAAAGUGUGAUAGUUCUGCAAAUAAAAUUGUUCGAAGAAAAGCGUUGGCUGAUCUUAGCAAUCUUACUUCUUAUAUUUCUGCGAGUAAAGUUUAUGAUGGCUCCAAACCAAUGAAGAAUGAGAGAAAUGCAUUUUUGGAACGGGUUUCAGUGGCUCCGGCUGCAAGAACUAUGAAUGUCUUACCCAGGAGAUCUUUCAAGGGAAAAGAGAGGGACCAUCUAAACCAAGGUGCUAUUAGUGUUCAUACUUCUAAGACAGAAGGUAUUAAAGAUCUGAAGACCUCGUUGAAUGACCAAAGUGUUACAGCCAAGAAUUCAGAUCAUAAAUCUGUUGUUACUAAUGGCAGGACAACCAAGAAAUUGCUUGUACCCAUGAGGAAGUCUUUACCAGUUUUAAAGAAGGAAAAAGCUACAGAAGCUAGCAGGAUUAUGAGUAAGGCUAAAGUUUGUGAGACUUCAAAGCAAUCAAACAAUGCAAAGAGCCAUCUUUCGAGGAACCGAGGGAGUGAUGGCUUUAUAAUAAGGGCUCCUAAAGGUCAAUCUAAUUCAGCUGCUCAUAUCUUGCCAAGAUCUUUAAAGUCAAUUGUUAAGACUACACUCAGACCUUCCAAUGCUCAAAAAGCUUCAAAAUCCAAGUGUUCAUCAGGUUCUAGAAAACCAGAAUCCAUUGCUGCAAUCCCAUCCAAGAAAGAUGUGGAAUGUUCUCAUCAAGAGGAUAGUGCAGCGGUAAUUUCCAAUGAAGCCAGUCAAAUCGAUCUUUUGUCUAAUGGCACCAGUGGUGCCAGCAUCAACAUGCCAGAUGUCCCAGUUAGGAAGAAAGCUAAACGUAGGAGAUCUUAUACUUCGUUAUUGAUGACAAGAUCAAAGCUACUUGAGGAUUAUGGUGGAGUCAAGGAAGAAGAAAAGCUACCAGACAUUGAUAAUGAUGGAAAUUCGUUGGAAGUUGCUCAAUACGUUGAUGAGAUUUAUCAGUAUUAUUGGGUUACUGAGGCACUGAGUCCAUCUCUGGAAAAUUAUAUGUCUAUACAGACAGAUAUUACUCCUCAUAUGAGGGGCAUAUUGAUCAACUGGCUGAUCGAGGUGCACCUCAAAUUUGAUUUAAUGCAAGAAACACUUUAUCUCAUGGUCACAUUGUUAGAUCGAUUUCUCUCAGAGGUCCAAAUAAAGAAGAAUGAUAUGCAGCUGGUUGGUCUUACUACACUUUUGCUGGCAUCAAAAUAUGAGGAUUUUUGGCAUCCUAGGGUCAAAGAUUUAAUUAGCAUAUCAGCUGAGACUUACACUAGUGAACAAAUGCUUAAAAUGGAGAAGCUUGUUCUUAAAAUGUUGAAGUUUCGCCUAAAUACACCUACUCCAUAUGUUUUCAUGUUAAGGUUUAUCAAGGCUGCUCAAUCAGACACCAAGCUUGAACAUCUAUCUUUCUACCUCAUUGAGCUGUGCUUGGUUGAAUAUGAAGCAUUGAAGUUCAAGCCCUCCUUGCUAUGUGCAUCAGCUAUCUAUGUUGCUAGAUGUACCCUUCAAAUGACUCCAUCUUGGACCCCGUUGCUUUGCAAACAUGCACACUAUGACGUGUCAGAAAUCAGGGAAUGUGCAGAAAUGAUUUUAAGAUUCCAAAGAGCAGCCAGAUGGGGACAGUUGAAGGUCACAUAUGAAAAGUAUAUGAGUAUUGAGCUCAGUGGAGUUGCAGCUAUCAAACCCUUGGACACACUUCCUUCAACUUGAUGCAUGAACUUGCAUGGGUUUAUUUUUUAAAUAUAAAGGUUUAUGUUCCCUGGAUUGGAAUUGAACUUGAAGGUUUUACCACUUGUAACCCUAUAAUUGUUGUUCAUAGCAUGCAUGUGUGAUUUAAAAACAAUGGAGGAGAAACCGAGGCUGGUUUCCAGUUGCUGUUGUUGAUAAUUUUUUUAUUCCAGCUAUCCUUCUUCAUGUUUUUGAGAAUGAGGAUUGCAACAGUUUUUUCAAUGUUGGCUUUGAUGAUACAUCAGUGAUAGCUUUUUGAAUACCAGGUUCUAACUUUUUAGGAUGGCAAAAAGCAGA